AUGGGUGUACCAACCAACGAAUCUAAUGCGGGGAAGAGAAUCCGUCACUUUGUUGGCGUGGAAAGCUCCAAACAGCUCGCUUUUAUCGAUGACCUCCACAGGCUGGGCUUGAGUCGUACGGUUGACCUACCUGAGCUCAUCGUUGUAGGCGAUCAAAAUACCGGCAAAAGCUCCGUCCUUCAAGCCAUCACGGAGAUCUCGUUCCCCGUUGAGUCAGCCUUAUGUACUCGUUUCCCGAUAAAGAUCUCCUUCAGGCAGACUCCAGGGACGUCAACCUCUGUCCAGGCGGAGAUCAUCCCUGGCCGCAAGACUCAGGAUGACGAUGAAUUCUUGGAGAGGAUAAAGGACUUUCGGUUUACGAGUGACGAGCUAAGUGCCAAUGCUAUGAACCAGAUUAUCAAAGAGGCAACGGAACGGAUUUUCGGGGACGACAACGGAGCCGGGCAGACACUGAGCGAUGCGAUUCUCCGAAUUGAACGAUCCGGCCCAAAUGAGAUGCAUUGGACCAUUGUUGAUCUCCCAGGCUUAGUUCAAAAUCGUGGGGAAUCAUCGUUAGCCUCGAAAAGAGCCAUGACAAAUGGCAAGAGCGGCAUUCAUACGGACAACGCAAAGAUAGCAAAGGACCUGGUGCGGUCGUUUCUGGAAAAUGAGCGAAAUAUUGUUCUAUGGGUAGUCGACGACACAGAUAUAGAGAGACAUAAGACUCUAGAACUGUUCGAAGAGAUUCCUGGUUUGCAAAGUCGGACUAUAGGCGUUCUGACCAAGUGUGACCGCAAACAAGAAACAUCUGAUAACUGGAUGGUGAAACUACUUCGAAAUGAGCCAUCGACCAAAAAUCACCUUGAACAAGGCUGGUUUGGUCUUCGAAACAGAAAGCCUAUAGAAGCAGAUAUUAGCGAUCAGGAACGCGAUCAGAAUGAGGCUGACCUGUUCGAAAAGCUCGAAUGGGCAGGAGUUCGCAAAAGUCAGACCGGUAUCAAGGCACUUAUGGAUCACAUUGAUAAGGAACGACGAUCUCGUAUCCAGGAAAGUAUGCCCAGAAUUAUCGGAGAAAUACGUGAUAAUCUGCGUAAUUGCGAAGCUGAACUUGAAAAUCUGGGUGAGGUGCGCGACAAUACGAGUGCAGAACGGCUUUACGUGCUACGUUUCUGCAAUGAAUUGCAAAAGAUGGCAGAUUCAGCCCUACGAGCUCGUUAUCAAGAUAUCCCAUCGGAUGACCCCAGAGCCAUGCUUCGUUUUCAAGUCACUGAAAGGCUCAGGCGAUUUCAAGAAGAGCUUGGGGACCUCAACAGGAUCGACCCCCGCGUAGGGUUUACGGGUUGGGAGAUUGACUGUACCCUCAAUCAAUUGACUAACCUGAGUCCCAACCCUGAGAAUUGGAUGAAACCUAUAGCAACGAGUAAUGGUGAAAAUAUCUAUAAAGCGAUAUAUUGCGAGUCGAGAGUAUGUCAGGGAACAAACCUUCCUGGAACCAUCAGUCCGGAAGUCGAGGAGAAGAUUUUCCGAAAACAGUCAGCUCAUUGGAGAGACAUCGCGUUCGAUUUGGUGAACGACAUCAAAAACUUGGUAGAAGAAAGCCACGACGUUUUUCUCAGGAUAGCUAUACCCGAUAGCAGAACUCGUGGUGAGAUGAUGGCGACGAUUUCCAAAACACGCGAAGCCUGGGAUGCAGAGAUUGAUGCUGCAUUGGAAGAGCUGAUUGAUGAUCAACAGAAGAGACCUACGAUGACACUUCAGCCUUAUUUUUUAAUGGAAUCUCAGAGGUUUAAUAACGAUCUGGAGAGCCAAGUUGAGCAGAGUAGGAGAAACGCAGGGGUAAGGGGAACACCAGGGAAACCUCCAGAGGCACAAGGCGUGGAGGGCAUUGUCGGCCCCGAGCAUAGGAGAGCCCAGAUGCCCCUCGAAGUGACCCAGAUCUUCCACCUUCGAAAGCGACUGGAGGUCUAUUAUGGGAUUGCCAUGAACCGAUUCGUCGACAACGUGGCAAUGCAGGUGGUAGAAAGACAUGUCUUGGGUCCAAAUUCUCCCAUACUUACAAUCUCCACGAAGCGUUUGGUAGAUUUGAGUGACGAGGAGCUCCACAGGAUUGCUGGGGAAGAUGAAUCGGUCACUCGUCAGCGAGCGAGACUUAAUAAGGACCGGUCUAGUUACAAGCAAGCAUUGGCCCAAUGGGAUCAGGUCCGGUAUUUUUAGGCUGAUCUUAGUCGUCUGACAUUUGGAAGUUGUAUACGAAGGGUUGAUUAUUU